GACAGAAUGAUUUCAUCCGUUCAGUCGUAUGUUGCCAGUCUAACACGCACACGCAGGGAGAGAAUGCAGUCUCGUUCUGUCUCUUGUGAUGAACGGGGUGUUUUUUAACUUAACUCUACUUAACUUUCGGGACGAUAUAUAAGAAGUGAAGAUGUUUCUAUUCUACCUUCUGAGCUUGAUUGUGACAGUUAAGUCUGAGCUUUUGCUGGGCUCAUGCAGCUUUGACAAGAGCACCUGCGGCUACACAACUGAUCCGGCCUUCCUCAGCUGGACCCUCGACCCUACCGGACACUUCAUCACUGUUGACAAGCAAGCCCAGGAGGCCCAGGGAAAGGCGGUUCUGUUGGGUCCAGAUGUGGAUGGACAGGACUGGAGCUGUUUCAGGAUGGUCUAUCAGGUGACAGGUAAUGCUUCCUUGCAGGUGCAGAAGCGCACAGAUGGAGAUAGUUUUGAUCAUGUGCUCUGGAUGACCCAAAGACCGUCUGACAGCUGGCUCAUUGCCAGCAUCGACUUUCAGAACUCUACAGAACCAUUCCAGAUUAUCAUUGAAAGUAAACUAAGAGAAGGUGACAGCAGUGUUUCCAUUUUUGAGAUCAAGAUCUCAGACAACUACUGCAUAGAGUGUGACUUUGGAGAACCUCAUCUGUGUGGAUACACAAACCAGAGGAACAGAAAUAUGAACUGGUGUGUGGGAAGAGCAGAAGAUACGAAAAAUGAAGACAGGACAGGUCAGUAUAUGUAUGUGGACUCUACGGACACUAAAAGCUUGCAGGAGGUGGCUAAGCUGGUGUCGCCAAUAACCACAGCCCCAAUGUCCGGCUGCUUAAGCUUCCAAUACCAGCAGCAUCAUUCCGGAGACCAUCUGUUCUCCGUGUUCACCAGGGAUCAAGCUGGACAGUACCAGGAACUAUGGAGAGCUGACCUACCCGAGAACAACCAUGUGGACUGGAAUCCAGAGGACAGGGUCUGGAUACCUGUGCAAGUGGACCUGAAAGCUCCAUAUCCCGUAGAGUUGGUGUUUGAGGUGGCGUUCAACAGUCCACAUGGAGGCUAUGUGGUUCUUGAUGACAUCACCUUCUCUCCAGAAUUCUGUAAUGCAGGAACAGAACCGACCUUUGAUCCAUCUGCUGCAAACUGUGACUUUGAGUCAGGAUAUUGUCAGUACACGCAGGCACUGAGGGACGGUCCGCUGUGGAAAAGAGUCUCAGUACGGCCCAACAUCUACAGCGUUGGAGAUCACACCACAGGAUCAGGAUCGUUUCUGUUGGCCAACUCUCGCUUUAAUUCACAGUCUGGUUAUGUGAGCCGUCUGUUUGGACCGCUGAUGCCCGGAAAUCAGAAAUACUGUGUGAAGUUCUUCUAUUCCAUGCGAGGUCUUAGUGGAACAGACUUGGCUGUGUAUCUGUAUUAUACAGAUGGCUCUAAACAACAAAAAAUAUGGACUCAAAAUGAGAAGAUAAGACACAUUUGGAUUGAAGUUGAACUGACCAUAGAAAGCCAAAAGAAUGCUCAGAUGGUUUUCAUCAGUACGUGCAAAAAUGUUUGGAGUUGUGGCUCCGUUGGUCUUGAUGACAUUAAAGUCAGCCUCGGGGACUGCUUACCAUUAGCAUUGUCGCUGUCGAACCCGUGUCAGUGUAACUUUGAGGCUGAUUUCUGUGGAUACUCUCAAUAUAAAAAAGACACAGGCGACUGGAUGCUGGCCAGAGGACCUACACCAACCUCUUACACAGGGCCAAGAGGAGACCACACUACAGGAUUUGGUCAUUAUUUGUAUAUUGAGGCGUCAUUUAUGCUUCCCGGUAACAAAGCUCGUCUGCUGUCCAGCUCUCUACGGGGAUCUAGAGAAGCACAGUGCUUACAGUUUUACUACCAUAUGUAUGGAUCAGGGACGGGCCAGCUAAGUGUUUAUCUCCAGACUGGACAAGAGGACGAAGACACACUGUUAUGGACACGUUAUGAAGAGCAGGGUGUGUCCUGGCUCAGAGCUUCAAUAACUUACCAAAAUGACCAACUACACCAGAUUGUGUUUGAAGCCAUGAGAGGUGCAUCAGUAAGAAGUGAUAUUGCAAUCGAUGAUGUAGUUUUUAAAAGAGGACCGUGCAGAGACUCUGCUGCUGACCAUAUCCCUGCUGGGAGUUCUCCUGGAAAUAAUAUUAAUGAUAUUCAGUGAAAGAGUUUUAAACAAAACUGAAGGACAGAGAAAACAUGUGAAAGUACAGAUGGUGUUCAGUUUUCUGUGAGGCUGAAUGAGAAGGAAACAGCUGCCAGUUAUGCUUGUUUUUACAUUUUUCUUUUCCACCACUGUAUCCGUUAACCUGCAAACUUUGUAAAUAGUUCUUGUUUAUUUUACUUGAUCUACUGCUAUGCAAAACAAAUGUUUAAAGACCACGCUUUGUACUGAAAGUUUUUACAGAAUGGUGCAAGGUCAUCAAAAUGAUUUUAUGAAGCCUGUAGACCCCCUGUUUGCUUGAUAGUUGCCUCAGUACAGAUACUUUGACCUAGCUGUCAAAUAAAAUGAAGAGAAAUGAAAUAAAUGAUGUUUAUUUUGUGUGAAUAAAACAUAUUUUUUUCUGUUA